GUUGGGCUGGGAAACAGCAGGAUUGUCUGGGGCUUCCAGACCGGGAGGGAAGGAGUAGGUGCGGGAGGCAAGGACUUGCCUCCCUCCUCGUCUCCUCUUGCCUCUCCCCUGGAUAGGGGCUGCUCUUCAAUUUCAACAGUGAUCCAAGAAAUCCAGAGGGAGAGCAGCAGGCCGGACAGGUGAUCGGGGAAGCUUCGGACUGCCUGAGGAGCAGGCAUGGGGAUUCUUUACUCCGAGCCCAUCUGUCAAGCGGCCUACCAGAACAACUUUGGUGAGGUUUGGAGGUGGGUGCGAGAAGACAACAAUUACGUGAAUAUCCAAGACAGCUUCAACGGAGACACCCCUCUGAUCUGUGCCUGCCGGCGGGGACAUCUGAAGAUAGUUAGCUUCCUUUUGAGAAGGAACGCAGAUGUGAAUGCUAAAAAUCAGAAAGAGAGAACGUGUUUGCAUUACGCUGUGAGGAAGAGGUUUACAUUCAUCGAUUAUCUACUCAUCGUCAUCUUAAUGCCAGUUCUGCUUAUUGGAUAUUUCCUCAUGGUGUCCAAGACCAAACAGAAUGAAAAUCUAGUCAAGCUGUUACUGAGAGCUGGAGCAGAUGUCAACGCUGUAGACUCUGCUGGUUGUACGGCUCUUCAUUAUGCUUGUGAAAUGAAAAAUCAGAACAUCGUUCCGUUACUGCUCGAUGCCCAGGCAGACCCGAUGCUGAAGAAUAAGAAAGGCGAGAGCCCCUUGGACAUCGCACAUAGGCUGAACUUCCCCCAGAUCGAACUGAUGCUAAGAAAGGCCUCCUGACCCUUCUGAUGGAUGCAUGGAGCAAUCAGUGGGCAAUCAAUUGGAUUCGUCAUUCAGGUCCACCUCUUGUUUUCUGUCUGACUGUGGGCAGGUCCCCAGCUCUCCCUCUGCCUUAGUUUUUUCACCUGUGAAAUAGGACGACAGUGGUUGCCAUCGGCCGUAUUGAUAACACGCGGCGUGUGGCGACUUCUUCUGACGUGAAGAGCAGAGUGUAACUGUGAUCCUUCAGAAACUGAAGCCACAGCAAUUUUGCGGACCAUAAAGGACUCAAUUUGGCAACUCAACCAAGACAAGGACUAAUCUAGGUUUUUUGCUUUUCAAAUUUGGGCGGCUCAAUUCUCCAGGGGAACGGGAAAGGGCGAGGGGAGGGGAAGGGAAUGUAUUCAUCUUUCCCAUCACUGGGACAUCCUGGCUUCUCCUCUAGCCCUCAGCUGAGCUUCUAGCUCCUCCUGGAGAGAAGAGCAUCAGCUAGGAGCUGCAGAGAGAUUUACUUGGAAAGAAACAUAGCAAAGGCUCUGUGUGUGUGUGGGUGUGUGUGUGUGCAUGUGUCAUUUAUAGAAAAAUCUCACUCUGAGCCCAGACUGCAGAGAGCCUUUACAAAUCAAAGUUGGAGUGCACAUGGCUAUUUGACUGGGUUUUCUAAAUCAUGAUUUGAAAAGAGACACUUGUAGUUCUGGCCUUGAUGGACUGAUUUUUCAUGACAAAUUGACUUUAGAUCAUCUAGGAUGGGUUAUCUUAGAGGAACUCCGCCAUUCCAAGCACAAAACCGAUGCCCCCAAGUCUUGUCCAUGGAGCAGUUUGACAGGGGUUCUGGGAGACGCCUUCCACCCGAAGGCAAAAUCUUGUCCUUAACAAGAGGGCAGAGGUUGGGGGUCGUUCCUGCGUCUGGCAGGGGCUCUGUAGAAGCCACUGUGCCCACUUCUGAUGCUCACCUAGGGAUCCUUAGUGGUCUUUUCUGAUGGACAGGUGCCCCCAUCUCUAGCAGCUUAGCUAAUCUGUUAGUCCAACUCUGUGAGGGAAAUCCGAACUGCACGACCACUCCGCUUUCUCCAGUAUCAUUGGUGCAAUUUCACUGUCAAGCCUGUCCUGGCUUUCUAAAGAAAUAAACCUGAAUUUGUGAAA